GUCAAAAUUUUGACCGCGAGGCAAACUAAAACCCUAAACCCCUCUUGUUCUCCUUAAUCGCCGUUUCCCUCCACCGAGUUGCUGUUUCCGGCCGCCGUUACUUUCGUUCGCUCCGCCGUGACCGUUUCCGCCACUAAUUUAAUCGUCGUCGGUAGGCAGGUAACAGCUAUGGCUACUUUAAUUUCACAAAAUGUGGUUCCGAAAGACAAAAGCGAGAAGCCCAAAAGAAAGGCAGCUCUUGACCCGUUAGAUUCAGUCCAAGAACCUGACAAUUUAAAAGGUUUGGAUUCCGUAAAGCCAAAAAAGAAAAAGAAAGAACGAAAAGAGAGCAAAGAAGCUGUAACCGAGCAAGAAGCUGAAAUGAAAAAACUCGAAAACGCCUUGUUUGGUUCUUUAUUACCGGUCACCUUCGGAAACGAUAGUGAAGAAGUCGAUGAACCAAAUGACGAUUCUGCCCUUUUCUUUACGGAUCGUUCCGCCAACAGUGUGCUGUCUGUUUAUGAAGAUGAUGUAGUAAAGGGAGAAAUAGUCGGUGCAGAUGAUAAUGCCAAACGAAAACCCGUGUGGGUCGAUGAAGAGGAACAAAAGGUCAACAUAAACAUAGCGAAAGUCAACCGAUUGAGAAAGAUGCGGAAAGAAGAGGACGAGAGUAUAAUCACGGGUACCGAAUACGUAUCACGGUUACGGGCUCAACACAUGAAGCUAAACCCGACUACAGAAUGGGCCCGUUUCGAUUCACAAGCAAAAGACGACACAUCAGAUAGCGACAGUGAUCAAGAUAAUGGGGAUAUCGAUACCAUCUUUCAGACCAAUGAAGAUCUUGUCGUGAAGGGUAAAUCAAAGUUAUUACCGGGGUUACUUGAAUACGCUCGAUUGGUUGAUGCAAACGCACAAGACCCGUCACAUGGGCCGAUCAAUUCCGUUCAGUUUCAUAGAAACGGGCAGUUGCUUCUCACUGCCGGGUUAGACAAAAAGCUACGGUUUUUCCAAAUCGAUGGAAAACGGAACACAAAAAUUCAGACCAUCUUUCUCGACGAUUGUCCGAUCAGAAAAGCGUCGUUCACACCUGACGGUUCUCAGGUUAUUUUAUCGGGAAGGAGAAAGUUUUUCUACAGUUUGGACUUGGUCAAAGCGAAAACCGAUAAAAUCGGUCCGUUAGUCGGGCGAGAAGAAAAAAGUUUAGAAAGUUUCGAAAUCUCACCGGAUUCGAAAACAAUCGCGUUUAUCGGAAACGAAGGGUAUAUCUUAUUGGUUUCAACCAAAACGAAAGAACUUAUCGGAACUUUAAAAAUGAACGGGACCGCACGUGCUUUGACUUUCGCUAACGGCGGUCAACAGCUGCUGAGCACCGGCGGUGACGGUCAAAUCUACCAUUGGGAUCUUAGAACCAUGACGUGUUUCCACAAGGGUGUCGACGAAGGAUGUAUAACCGGCACCGCGUUAACCACAACUCCAACCGGAAACCUCUUCGCAGCGGGUUCUGAUAGCGGGAUUGUUAACGUCUACAACCGGGAUGAGUUUCUCGGCGGAAACAAAAAACCCGUUAAAACCAUCGAGAAUCUAACGACGAAAAUAGAUUUCAUGAAGUUUAACCAUGAUGCGCAGAUUUUAGCGGUUUGUUCGAGCAUGAAAAAGAACAGUAUGAAGUUGGUGCAUAUACCUUCGUUUACGGUUUUUUCAAACUGGCCGCCAGCAAACCGGAACUUGCAGUAUGCGCGGUGUUUGGAUUUCAGUCCGGGUGGCGGUAUGAUGGCUAUGGGUAAUGCUGCAGGUCAUGUGUUACUUUACAAGUUAAAUCAUUAUCAACAUGCUUAACUGCACAAGAUUAGUAACCAAGGUUAAGUUAUUAUUUUGAUGAGGGGUUUAAAACCUGUUUUUUUCAAUGUUUUUUCAUACUUGAUUGCACUCAUUGGCAUCUAUUUUGGUAUCUUUAUGGCACACUGUUUUGGUUUAAAGACUUUGCUUAUCACCUAUUUUAUGGUAUAAUUUUGUAUUUGUUGCUGCUCA